GCGCACCUUAUGAGCUAUAAGUCUGCAAAUAAUUUUUUCUGCUAUUUCUCCGGCCUCCUAUCUAUUAUCUAUGAUAAUAUAUAUGUACCUAAAAAAGUGCGCGUAGUUUCCUUCUAUGAGUCCGUAAUUAUAAUGAAUUUUUGUUGCUGGGGUACAAAUAUACCCCGCUUGGUACUUAAAGCAUGUGUUUUAUUGCGCCGGCGUGAAAUACCGCCCUAAGUACGUCGAAUUACUGAAACGAUGUGCAGUCAGUUCACUGCGUGUUUGUGCGUCUAUUGUAAGAGAAAUAACCGUUUUAUUUUAUAAUAGUGUCAGAUUUAUAAUAGUGUGAGAUUUGAUAUUCCUGAAAAUGAGUGAAAAACCUAAAUUUCGUAAUGAAAACAAACUUACCGAUGACGAGUUGCUUCGAAUAUUAGAGACAGAGGAAUUUGAUUACUACUUUGAAAACGAUUUAGCCUUGGAAGGUGCUGCAAGUGAUAUAGAAGAGACUGAUGUUGUGGAUGAAAAUGAUGAAGUCGAUGACCUCUUGCUCAUUGGUGAUAAUGAAGUGGAUCUGGUAAGCGAAUCUGUUUCUGAGGGCGGCGAGAAUUUACGUUAUAUAGCGAAGGACGGUUCCGAAUGGGCUAAAAUACCGUACGUUACGAGAGUAAAAAGGGCAAAACAUAACAUACAAAAAUUGCCAUCGGGUCUAACACAAUACAGUUCGAAAUUUACAUCUAUAAAGGAGGCGUUUGAUCUAUUCUUCUCUGAAGAUGUAAUAAAUAUAAUCUUGAGAGAAACUAACAGAAAAGCCGAAUUUGUGUAUUCCAAAAAAAACAAAGCGUUUGUUCCAAUAGUAAAAGAAGAGAUGGACGCUUUUCUUGGUCUUCUUAUAAAUUUUGGAGCUGUUCAUGGUAACAAGGAACCAGUUUAUGUUUUAUGGAGUCAAGACCCAGUUUUGUGUCGUCCAAUAGUAUCAGCUUCGUUGUCUCGCAACAGAUUUCAGCAAAUAAUGAGUUUUUUGAGAUUUGAUAAUUUUGAAACUCGCGAAGAACGAAAAACUGUUGACAAAUUGGCACCAAUACGGGAUAUAUUCGAUAUAUUUGUAUCGAAUUGUAAAAAAUCUUUCAAUCCGAACGGUCAUUUAUGUGUUGACGAACAGCUAGUUCCAUUCCGAGGAAAGGCUCCAUUCAGGGUUUACAUGAAGAGUAAACCCGACAAAUAUGGGAUCAAAAUUUGGGCUCUUGCGGACUGUGAAACUGCCUACACAGUAAAUAUGCAGGUUUACCUAGGAAAAAUUGGUAACAAACCAGAAAAGGGUCAAGGUCAGAGGGUGGUCUUGGAUAUGGUAAGCCAUUUAGGACAGGGAUAUGGAAUUACUACUGACAAUUUCUUUACCAGUAUUGAACUGGCAGAUAAAUUGUUACAGAGGAACCUAACACUAUGUGGAACUUUACGGCGAAAUAAGCCAUAUAUACCUAGCGAGUUACUUCCCGCCAGGUACAAAAAAGAUUUUUCAAGUAUGUUUGCCUUCAUGAAAGACAAAACACUGGUCUCGUACGUUCCAAAGAGAAACUCCGCUGUCGUUCUUUUGUCAACUGAACAUCGAGACGACAAAAUAAGUGGUGCUGAUAAUGAUUAUAAGCCUGAUAUAAUACUACAUUAUAAUAAAACCAAAGGAGCUGUAGACACGACUGACAAACUUGCUAAAGAAUACACCACCCAAAGGAAGACCAACCGGUGGCCUAUGGCAAUUUUCUUCCAUUUGCUGGAUAUUGCAGCUAUCAAUGCUUACAAACUGUGGAUUCAUGCUAACCCAGAGUGGAAAAAAGGUCGUUUAGAUAAAAGAAGAAUGUUUUUAUUGGAACUAGGUCAUCAAUUAGUAAGAAAUAAUAUUAUUUGCCGCUAUAAUAAGGAUCGUUCAUUGCACGAAAAAAUUAAGCAAAAUAUGGUAACCGUUUUACCUGAACUGAAAACAGAUAAGGAAAAUAGAGAGCAGGUUCCAAAUCAGAAAAAAAGUGGCCGAUGUCACAUAUGUCCGAGGAAUGCUGAUAAAAAGUCUAGAAAACAUUGCGUCCAGUGUUCAAAAUUCGUAUGUGCCGAACAUUCUAACAUUACAACAAUUUGUAAUUCAUGCAAUAAAUAAAUUUAUAGUUAAAAAUUAAUCAAACAUGUACUUUUUUGUCUGCCCUUU